UGUUCAAAUUUUGAUACUGAAAAUUCUUAACAUUUGUUUACAAAAUGAAUUGCGAACUCUGCAAAUCUCACGAGUUUAAAUACACAUGUCCACGAUGCAACAUCAAGUACUGCUCAUUAGACUGCUACAAGUCUGAAAAUCACAGUCAAUGUUCAGAGGCAUUUUAUAAGGAAUGUGUAGUGAAUGAGCUUAAAAAUCGUAAAGAUGAUCCAGAGGAUAAGAAAAGAGUAAUGGAUAUGCUUCAAAGGAUAGAGAAUGAGGAAGAUUUUGAAGAUAUAGACUCUGAUGACAGCUUUGAGGGCGAUUUAGGUGAUCGUUUGGAUGGAAUCGACUUGAAUAAUGCCGAUGCAGUUUGGGACAAAUUGACAAAAGAUGAGAAAGAGGAAUUUAAAAGUAUUGUCUAUAAUGGAGAAAUUGAGAAUAUCGUUGAGCCUGUUGAUCUUUGGUGGAAACAGAAGUUAGACGUUAAGCCAGUCGUAGACAUUGAAGUAAAUGAGAAGGAACUGAAUGGCAUUAUUGAGAAAUGUCCAAAUGUUCUGGAUAAUAUAAAGGAUUUCUCGAAGAUAUCAACAAAGAAGCCAGCACAAUGCAUAACUUAUAAUAUAGCCAAUAUCAUAGGAACUUACUGCUACAUAUAUCGAUUCUAUAAUGCCGACCACAACAGUUAUGAGCUUGAAGCAACAAACAACUUCAUCAGCAUUUGUGAUAAUCUUAAAGCUAAUGUCAAUUAUGACAGUUUAACAUUAGCUGUUGAUUCCAUUGUGCUCAACUGUCACAACUCUAAUUUACAAGCUGAUUUAAAUACCAAAAAUGCUUUAAUUGAAGAUGUUCAGGACAUUUUUGAUGGUCCAACAGUAAAUUCUAAUCAAUAUCUAUUAUCAGCACUAAGUGACAUAAUUAAUCUCUUUGAGCAUGCACGGCAUAAAUAUAAGCAAUCCAAAACAAGACAUAAAUCCAAUAAGAAUUCAAAGACAUUUUCAUUAGAAUUUCCAGCGAAUGUUGAAAGCAGCCAAAGUUAUCCUGAAUUAAGCAAUCAAACACACUUUACUGGAUGUGUGAAAAAGUUAGAAUUUUAUUUAUCAUUUCUGAGGCAUUCUUACAAUUCAUCUGAAUGGAAAAUUGAUGUUGUGUGAUGGAGGGUUUGUGGAAAACAGCUGUUUUUGAAAAACAGUUGUUUUCGAUUUUUGAUCUAUAAAAACAGCUAUUUUUCUAGAAUUCAAAAUAAACUGAGUUAUCCAAAGUGUUACUCUAAGAUAAUGAAACUUUUUGGUGGUUAAAAGCAGUUAAGCAUACAUUAUAGAGCUAAGCAGGGGCGUAGCCAGAAAAUUUUUAAGGGGGGGAGGCAUUUUCGAAAAUUAAAAAACCGUUAUUUUGUAUCCUUAAAUCUAUAUUCAUU